AGAGAGAGAGAGAGAGACAGAGAGAGAAAGAGAGAUAGAUAGACACAGAGAGAGAGAGAAAGAGAGAGAAGAAAGAGAGAGAAAUAUAGACACUCACAGAGAGAGAGAAAGACAAAGAGAGAAAGAGAGAGAGAAAUACAAAGAGAGAAAGAGAGAGAGAAAUACAAAGAGAGAAAGAGAAAGAGAUAG